CUCUCUCUCUCUGUGUCCAAGCUUUUGAUGCUGUAGGGAAUUGUGGUAUUUCCCUUUUAUUUUUUAUCUUUAUUGUCUUGUUGUAUUCUUAAUUGCUAUAGCCAAAAUCUUUGCAACUAGUUUUAUGUGUUCAUCAGUUCAGAACUGAGGCUUUUUUUUUAAUUAUUUAGAAGAGGAGUCAUUCGUUGCGUUAUACUUACCUGAGGUUUGGGGAAGUGUUUUAAAACCCAACAGUUUCCAAAAUAUACUGAUACAUCCCUGAUGAUUAGCAAUGAGAGUUCUCCCUAUAUCGUUGGCAUCAUCGGGAAUGUGAUCUCUUUCGGCCUCUUCCUCUCCCCGGUUCCAACUUUUUGGCAUAUAAUCAAGAGGAAAUCGGUGGAGGAGUUCCAGCCGUAUGCUUAUAUUGCAACAUGUUUGAAUUGUAUGUUUUGGAUCCUUUAUGGUCUGCCAUUUGUUCAUCCGGACAGCAUACUGGUCAUCACCAUCAACUCUGUUGGGCUUGCAAUGGAGUUGAUAUAUCUAGCAAUAUUCUGCCUCUAUGAUCGUCAGAACAAAGCAAGGAAGAAGAUUGCAAUUGGUCUUAUAGGUGAGUUCGUUUUGGUUGCAGCCGUUGCUACCAUUAAUAUGCUGGCUUUUCACACCCAUACCAGCCGAUCAUUUUUGGUUGGAAUUAUAUGUGUUGCCUUCAACAUUAUUAUGUAUGCUUCACCUCUCACCAUUGUGCGAAAAGUUAUAAAGACGAAGAGUGUGGAGUACAUGCCGUUCUAUCUCUCACUAGCAGGCUUUGUUAAUGGUUGCAUUUGGUCUGCUUAUGCUCUCAUCAAGUUGGACUAUUUUAUUCUGAUAAGCAAUGGUCUUGGAACAAUUUUAGGUCUUGCACAACUCAUAAUAUAUGCAUUUUACUACAGAUCAACACCAACAAAAGUUCAAGACGACAAGCCAACUGAGGCUCAGCUAUCUACUGAAGUUGCAGCCUAA